AUGCCGUGCCGUACGGACUCCUGCUUCCUCAUCAGUCUUUCCAAUCACCCCCGGUGGCAGCUGGGUGCCACUGCGACCAGCAGACGGAAGACGGAUGGGACGCGUGUCUCUCCUACAGAUAACAAUCCAUUUGCCACAAUGUUCUCUCCGUCACUCCAUACAAGGAGCUGGUGCGGCAACUGGAUGUUCAUUCCUUUGCUAAUGGCUGCCUACGUGCCCUGUGCAUGGAGCACCACCUACAAAAUAGCUAUCAUUGGACCCUGGAGGUGUGACCCCUUCUUCUCCAAAGCCUUGCCCGACCUGGCAGCACAGCUCGCCAUGAGUCGCAUCAACAAAGACCCUCACUUGAGCAGAGGCUACUGGUACGACUACAUCUUGGUCGACGAGGAUUGCCGGAGCUCUCAGGCGCUCGCCCACUUCACUGAGCUGCAAGCCUACGCCUCGGCCUUCCUGGGUCCUGCCAACCCAGGCUACUGCUCAUCGGCAGCCCUGCUGGCCAAGAACUGGAACAAGGGGCUGAUGUCGUGGUCCUGCCUGAAACCCAACAUGGAAGGCGGCUCGUAUCCCAGCUUCCUCCGGCCAUUGCCCCUCUCCUCCCAUGUGCUGUUUGCCGUGCUGCGCUUCUUCCGUUGGGCGCAUGUGGCCGUCGUCACCUCGGGAGAGGAACUGUGGGUGGCCACGGGGCAGGAACUGGCCUCCUCCCUGAGAGCCCUCGGGCUACCUGUCGGCACUGUGGUCACCAUAAAGGCAGACGCAGAAGGUCCCAGGAAAGCCCUGCAGAAGAUCCGAAACACAGAUGAAGUCAAAGUGGUCAUCAUGUGCAUGCACUCGGUGCUAAUUGGUGCAGACACCCAGCACGCCCUCCUCACCACGGCCCUGGACAUGCGGAUGGUCGACCGGGGCUACAUCUUCAUCCCUUAUGACACGCUGCUCUACGCCCUGCCCUACAAAGACGUAUCGUAUCCGGCCUUAGCUAACGACAGCAAACUACGGCGGGCUUACGACGCUGUGCUUACCGUGACCAUGGACUCUGGGGACCACAACUUCUACGAGGCUUUCAGGGAAGCCCAGGAGAGAGUGGAGAUCCGGAGCAGUUUGGCACCGCAAGAGGUAUCUCCUUUCUUUGGAACCAUCUACAGCAUGCUGUAUUUCCUGGCCACGUCCGUGGAGCAGGCCCGGCUGACAGCGGGCCGCUGGGUAUCCGGGGAGGUUCUGGCCCAGAGCCCGGGCGGUUUUGAAUUCCCAGGCUUCAACCAGCCGCUGUUUUCCGGGGCUGACGGUGAGGGAAUGCUAGCCCGCUAUGUGGUCCUGGACACUGAUGGCGAGGGCACCUCGUUAGCUGCCACGCACGCCCUGGAGGCCGCCCACACGCAUGGCAAAUCCGGCGGGCUCAAGUACCUGGGCCGACCCAUCCACUUCGCUGGCAGGACCCCCAGCAGCGACGCCCACUGCUGGUUCAGUCCCUACAUCGCGUGUGGCGGAGGAAUCGAUGGAAUCACUGUCUUCUUUUUGUUCAUCCUGUUCUCUUUCCUGUUGGGGGCUGGAACAGCCUUUGCUUUCUUCGUCCGGAAGAUGAUACAGCUCGGAGUGGGGCGCGGUGGUGGGGGAGGAGCUCCCACCAAAAUAAUUCUGACUUUGGACGACCUGGUCUUCAUUAACACGCACGUCAGCAAAAAGAAGCUGAUCGAGGACACGGUGGCCCGGAGCACACUGGACGUGAAGGGCCGCAGCUACAUCGCCAGCACGCCCGAGACCUCCAACAUCGGCAUCUUGGAGGGAGACUGGGUCUGGCUGAAGAAGUUCCCAAAUGGAGGCUCCGUGGCGGAGGUUAAGGAGAGCACGCAGGCUGUGUUCAGCAAGCUAAGGGAUAUGCGUCACGAGAACCUCAAUCUCCUGCUGGGGCUGUUCUGCGACGGCGGCGUCUUCGGCGUGGUGAUGGAGCACUGCACCCGCGGUAGCCUGGAAGACCUCCUCAACAACGAAGACAUGCGGUUGGACUGGAUGUUCAAGUCGUCCCUGCUCACCGACCUCAUCAGGGGGAUGAAGUACCUCCACCAUCAUAACAUCGUCCACGGUCGUCUCAAGUCCCGCAACUGCGUGGUGGACGGCCGCUUCGUACUAAAGGUGGGGGAAUACGGCUUCAGUGAAAUCACGCGCGUUCAGGGGCUGGUGACCCCGGAGAGUCGGCCUGAGGACCUGCUGUGGACGGCCCCUGAGCUCCUGAGGAACCCAGCCCUGGAGAAGAAGGGCGCUUACAAGGGGGACGUCUACAGCUUUGCCAUCAUCAUGCAGGAGGUCAUCUCCCGAAACGCGCCCUUCUGCAUGCUGGACAUCCCCGGCAAGGAGAUCAUCGAGAAGGUGCGGUCGCCACCGCCGCUGUGCCGGCCUGUCAUAUCCAUGGAUGAGGCGCCGCUGGAGUGCAUCCAGAUCAUGAAGAAGUGCUGGAGCGAGGAGCCAGAGCGCAGGCCCACCUUCGAGGAGGUCUUCAUUGAGUUUAAGAGUAUAAACAAAGGAAAGAAGACAAACAUCAUAGACUCCAUGCUGCGUAUGCUGGAGCAGUACUCGUCCAACCUGGAGGACCUCAUCCGGGAGAGGACUGAGGAGCUGGAGGUGGAGCGGACGAAGACCGAAAACCUUGUGGCACAGAUGCUGCCCAGGUCGGUGGCCCUGGCUCUAAAGACGGGGAAGCCAGUGAAGCCGGAGUACUUCAAGGAGGUAACGCUCUACUUUAGUGACAUCGUGGGCUUCACUACCAUCUCGGCGCUCAGCGAGCCCAUCGAGGUGGUGGACCUGCUCAAUGACCUCUACACACUCUUCGACGCCAUCAUCGGGCAGCACGAUGUCUACAAGGUGGAGACCAUCGGCGAUGCCUAUAUGGUGGCAUCAGGGGUACCGAACCGCAACGGGAGCCAGCAUGCGGCCGAGGUGUCCAACAUGUCGCUGGACAUCCUGCACUGCAUCGGCGCCUUUAAGAUGAGGCACAUGCCCGACGUCAAGGUCAAGAUCCGCAUCGGCCUGCACUCGGGUCCGGUUGUGGCGGGGGUGGUCGGUCUCACCAUGCCCCGGUACUGCCUCUUUGGGGACACCGUCAACACAGCCUCUCGCAUGGAGUCCACAGGCUUACCCUACAGGAUCCAUGUGAACCAAAGUACGGUGGAGAUCCUGCACAGUCUACAACUCGGAUACAGGCUGGAGAUCAGAGGCAAGACGGAGCUGAAGGGGAAAGGAAUAGAAGACACCUACUGGCUGGUUGGCAGAGCCGGCUUCAAUAAACCACUGCCUGUACCUCCAGACCUGACCCCAGGAGCCAGCAAUCACGGCAUCAGCCUGGAUGAGAUUCCUGCAGACCGACGGCAGAGAUUUCUCGACCGGCAGAAAAAGAUGAAGUGACCGCUAUAGAUAAAACCGGAGGAAGGAUUUUUUUUUUGGGUCACUGAAUGGUUCGGUCCUUGGUGGGUUGACCUCUCUCUGUUUUCCCAGACGUCUAUAAGGACCAAGGUGUCUUCGUGUGCCGUGAGGCAUGGAGAACGACACUGGGGGGGGGGGGGGGGUGGAAAGAUGGUGUGUGUCACUUUAAACCCCCAACAAGAUAUACCAGUACAGCAGCUCACCCCCAGGAAUCCCACCAAAGCAACAGGAACCCAGAACAUCCCCCGUUUUUGACAUAAAAUAUAUACUUUUUGGGGUUAUUGCAACCAGCCACAUCCAUCCCUGGCACAUCAUGUCCAAAGCCACCUACAAGUUAGGCAGACGCACCAAUGAUUCCUGUUUCUGUCGAUGCUUUGCCUUUUUUUUUAUCGCCCUGCCAGUCACACUGAAGACUGCAGGUAUGUAAAAUGCGACUGCAGGGGCAGCAGAAUGCAGUCAGCUUAUGGCUCUAGUCUGAGCUGCAGGGCCUGGUCUACGAGAGUGAAAUAGAUCCCAUUCAGAAUAACCCAUUUGUAACUAAUUAAUGGUGAUGUAUGGGGCAGGUGCAUCGGCUUUGUGUUCAGUUUAAUUGUAUGAAUAUUUUCCCUUGUUUCAAUAGUCCAUAGACCGAGUGGUGAAUGUGAAAAAUCAUUAUUCGUUUUUAUCAGGUCCGGAAUGUACGUAUGCCUGAAUUUCUAAUGUAUGUUGUCUUUUUUUUUAAGCAGUACUUUUACUUACACUUGAUCAUGGAAUUCAUCUUCAAACGAUAAAUGUACUGCUGCGAAAACACUGGGCGCUAUAAUGUAACUGAAGUACUGUGAUCUGAAAAUAUACAGUUUUGUUUUGUAGAAAUGUAAAACAGCAGUGUAUUCCUAAUGGCCACGGAUUUACAGCAUGUAGAAUAUUUGUGUGCUCGUGCAAAUAAAUUGUGUUCUAGUGA